GAAACACUCCCCUGUUUACUACACCUGAAUUUCAAAUCUUAUCAGUGCUCAUCAAAGCAUUCACCUUUCCACACUUCCAAGGCAGUUUUUGCCUUUCCUCCCAGCUGUCAUUGUCAGACUAUAACAGGAGACACCAGACAAAAAGUGGUACAUGACUGAGAAGGAUGAAAUGGCUGAGAUAAUCAGUGGUGUGCUGUGGUGUCAACAGAAGCUGUUUCUAACAGUCAGAUAUUUCACACAUCUAAUACAACUUCACAUUCUCAGCAGAGAUCUCCUAGGACCUCACUAUUACUUAAAACUUGGAAUAGUUGCGAUUUUCACGCCCCAUGGCCACAGCCACCUACAGAGAGGUCAUCUGCCACUCACAGUUUCUCGUGCCUUGGACCCCAGCUAAAUCCUGUUUUCUUUUAGUGCCCAUGAGCAAGGUCCCUUCCCACUCCCUCGCCUUUGCUCUGUCUCCUGCCUGCGGCUGUGACUUUGCCUCCGUAAAGGCUCUGCUUUCCCUCCUUGCAGACAGCCCGUCGGCUCCAGUAAAUGUCACAGUCAAACACCUGAAAGCCAACUCAGCCGUUGUGACUUGGGAUGUUCUGGAGGAUGAAGUUGUCAUUGGAUUUGCAAUUUCCCAACAGAAGAAGGACGUGCGGAUGCUGCGCUUCAUCCAGGAGGUGAACACCACCACCCGCUCCUGCGCCCUCUGGGACCUAGAGGAGGACACUGAGUACAUAGUGCAUGUCCAGUCCAUCAGCAUCCAAGGCCAGAGCCCUGCCAGUGAGCCAGUCCUCUUCAAGACCCCCAGAGAAGCUGAGAAACUAGCCUCUAAAAAUAAAGAUGAGGUGACAAUGAAGGAGAUGGCGAAGAAAAACCAACAGCUGCGGGCAGGGGAAAUUCUCAUCAUUGUUGUGGUGUUGUUUAUGUGGGCAGGGGUGAUCGCCCUCUUUUGCAGACAGUAUGAUAUCAUCAAAGAUAAUGAACCAAAUAACAGCAAGGAGAAAGUCAAGAGCGCCUCGGAGAACAGCACUCCCGAGCACCAGAGCGGAGGGCUGCUCCGCAGCAAGUUUCCAAAAAACAAGCCCUCAGUGAAUAUCAUUGAAGCGUGACAGCCUACCAUCUGAUAGAU